UCAAAGGCAUUGUCGUCUAACAAACUUGGUCUUGUGUCUUUGCAUUUCAUUGCGAUAACAUCCAACUGACAAAAAUGGCACCAAUCCGCCUUGGCAUAAUAGGGCUCUCUUCCUCCGCCGUGACCUCCUGGGCGAGCAGUGCUCACCUACCCUAUCUCCUCUCGGCGCGGGGCAGGUCCAAGUACACAAUUGCGGCACUUUGCAACUCCAGUGUCGAGUCUGCAAAGAAGGCUAUUGAGUCUUACGGCCUCGACCCAGCCAGCACCCGCGCGUACGGUGACCCGACAGCGCUUGCAUCCGACCCGCAUGUCGACCUUGUCGUCUGCUGCACGCGCGUCGAUACGCACUAUGACCUCGCCAAGCCCAGCGUUGAUGCUGGAAAGCAUGUGUUUGUAGAGUGGCCGCUGACACAUGAUGUGGAGCGUUCGAGAGAGCUGGCCGAUGCGGCGGCGGAGAGAGGUCUUCACACCAUGGUCGGUCUGCAGGGACGGCUGACGCCUGUGUUUCUGAAGAUCAAGGAGCUGAUCCAAGGCGGGAGCCUGGGCAAAGUCCUGAGCAGCGAGGUGCGGGCUUUUGGAGGCACGAUUGAUCGGGAGACGGUGGCCGAGGGGUUGAAAUACUUUGCGCAGAGGAGCGUCGGAGGAAACAUUCCCAUGAUUGGCUUUGCGCAUCUGUUCGAUUCUUUGCAGUCCACCCUUGGUGAGGCCACGGAGGUGCAGACGCAUCUCCAGCUCCAGCGACCCACGGUGAAGCUCCGCGAUGCCUCGGGCAAGAUUGUCGGCGAGGUGGCAUCGGACGUCCCUGACUUGAUCAUCGCCGCGUCUUCCCUCAAGCCCUCGGACAGCGUCGAGAAGGGAGCCAGUUUAUACAUACGUUUCCGUCGUGGGCAGCAGUUCAAGGGAGAGCCUGCACUGACAUGGCACAUCAACUGCGAACUCGGCGAGAUCCGUGUCGUUUCGCCGAGCGGAACAUCCCUCCAUGCAAACUCGUACUCUGCACCUGUCACGAUCGACGUGCACGAUUUCGCGACGGAUGAGAUACGACGCGAGGAAUGGGAGUGGCCUGCGUGGCAAGAGGAGACUGAUUUGCCUAUCGUUGCUCGGAGCGUCGCGGCGCUGUAUGAGGGGUUCUAUGACCAUGUCUCUGAAGGUCGCGACAAAAAUUAUCCUGAUUUCUCGGAUGCCCUGAGCCGCCAUGAGCAGUUGAGCUCCAUGUUGUCUGGGUGGACGUCAGCUUCGCGAGCAAGCGCUCAUUAGUUAGCCUUUCUAACACAGCUCUGAACAAUAAGAAUGACGAGAUUCUGGCUAU